UGAGCAGCAAACGGACGCACCUGAACCUGUCUGUCUUAAUUAGACAGUAGCUCGUCUGAACACAAGUUACGAGCCACAACAACGACUUCGAAAUAUCUUAAAAAUACAGUUAAAAUGUAGAUAAAAACAGUUGCGACUUGUUUGAACCGUCGAAUAAGUGAUUUGUUUGCCAAACGAGAGUGAGUAAGUGAAGCUAGCUCGCGCGCCGGGGACUGAAUUUCGUGCUGUUAGCUUGUUUCAACUUUGAGGAAAUAUGUAACUGUGACAAAUGAGACUGUAACAUGGAGCAGUCGGCUACUCUCGACAUAGAGACGCUGAAGAUUACCCAGGAGCAGUUUAUCCUUGCAUCCCAGUCCCUGCAUCUCCAGCGACCGGGCUGUGAUGCCGUGUACCCAGUGGGUCUGUACGGCUGGAGAAAAAGAUGCCUCUACUUCUUCCUGCUGCUGCUCCUGGUCACCAUGAUAGUUAACCUGGCCCUCACUGUCUGGAUAAUAAAGGUCAUGAAUUUCUCAGUGGAUGGAAUGGGAAACCUUCAUUUGAAGCAAGACGGGAUUCGCCUGGAGGGAAUCUCCGAGUUUCUCCGGCCUCUUUACGUGAACGAGAUCCAGUCCAGAAGGGACAGCUUGCUGGUCUUGGGGUCAGAAAAGAAUGUAACUCUGAACGCCAGAAACGAACAAGGCCAGCUGACCGGUCAGCUCACAGUGGGACCUGAGGCUGUGGAGGCCCAGUGCCAGAGGCUGGAGGUACGAAGUAAAGACGGAGGCAGACUGCUGUUCACUGCAAAUGAGGAGGAGAUCAUCAUGACAACAGAAAAGUUCACUGUCACAGGCUCAGAAGGCGCCGUGUUUGGACAUUCAGUCGAAACUCCCCUGAUCCAGGCGAGGGCUUCUGAAGACCUAAAGCUGGAGUCUCCAACACGGACCCUGACCAUGGAGGCUCCCAGAGGGGUCGAAGUGAGCGCUGCCAAGGGACCACUGAAGGUCAGCGGUCGAAAAGAUCUACAGCUGGAGUCCACAGAGGGAGAGAUACUUUUAGAUGCCAACAUCAUUCAGCUGGGUACUCUCCCGCUGGGCGUCUACACAGCUUCGGCCAAUCAGGCCUCCCACGAGCAGGCUGUUUACGAGGUGUGUGUGUGCCCCAGUGGCAAGAUCUACCUCUCCCCUGCAGAGACCAGCUCCACCUGCCAGGCCAUGAGCAACAUCUGCCUGUGGAGCUGACCUGGGAGCAGUGAUGGUAAUGGGGGACACCUCUAACAUCUGCUCUGGAGCUGCUGAGAUUGAGACUCCUCCGUUGGUACAUCUGACGGAGAGUGCACCGCAGCGAAGAGGGAGCUAGAGUUCAUGUCGGUAUAGAAGCACCCAGGGUC